AUGAUCUCAUCUCCAGAACCCUCAGGUCAGUUUCCCUCCAAGCACAAACACAGCCCUCAGGUCAGUUUCCCUCCAAGCACAAACACAGCCCUCAGGUCAGUUUCCCUCCAAGUUCAAACACAGCCCUCAGGUCAGUUUCCCUCCAAGCACAAACACAGCCCUCAGGUCAGUUUCCCUCCAAGUUCAAACACAGCCCUCAGGUCAGUUUCCCUCCAAGUUCAAACACAGCCCUCAGGUCAGUUUCCCUCCAAGCACAAACACAGCCCUCAGGUCAGUUUCCCUCCAAGUUCAAACACAGCCCUCAGGUCAGUUUCCCUCCAAGCACAAACACAGCCCUCAGGUCAGUUUCCCUCCAAGCACAAACACAGCCCUCAGGUCAGUUUCCCUCCAAGCACAAACACAGCCCUCAGGUCAGUUUCCCUCCAAGCACAAACACAGCCCUCAGGUCAGUUUCCCUCCAAGUUCAAACACAGCCCUCAGAUCAGUUUCCCUCCAAGCACAAACACAGCCCUCAGGUCAGUUUCCCUCCAAGCACAAACACAGCCCUCAGGUCAGUUUCCCUCCAAGCACAAACACAGCCCUCAGGUCAGUUUCCCUCCAAGCACAAACACAGCCCUCAGGUCAGUUUCCCUCCAAGUUCAAACACAGCCCUCAGGUCAGUUUCCCUCCAAGUUCAAACACAGCCCUCAGAGAGUUAAAAUCAACGUUGGGAUCGUCAAUUAG